ACAAACCUUUGACAUAUGGCAGACAGACAGACACACGCCGCACAAACAAAACGCAGCAAAAACACCAAAACAUCCGUCUGCAAUCUCUCUCACCAAAAAACCCGGUCGGAAACAUUAACAUUCAUAAAUGGCACCGCCAAAAGUGAAACUGCACAAAAACACGGGCAAACUCAAGUACAGUCCACGGCCCGGCUCAUUCCCCUCGCCAGCACCGCAACCAUCCGCACCAGCAACCGGAAAUGCACCCGGUGCAGCCGAACCAUCCGAAGCCGAUCGACAGUUUGAGCUCGAGCUGUAUUGGUGCAUUCAGCAGCUAGAAUCACAGCUGCACCUUCCAAAUGUCCGCGAAAACAACAAAAAGUUGGAAGAAACGUCCAAGCUAAUAAACACCCUCAAAAGCGGCACCCAACCGAUCAUCCGCAAGCGGCAGAUCAUGCGUACCACGUUCGGGGACUACCGGAGCCGGAUGGCGGCCGAGGAGCAGACGAUGGCCGUCAGCCCGGACAGUAUACGGUUCGAGGAGCCGAAGGAGAAGGCCAAAUACCAUUUUGUGAAAAAGUCGGCCAUUUUGAGCGGCGACAAGAACUUUAAAUUUAACUUCCCGAAAAGUGACAGCAACGGUGAGACGGAAACGGUACCGGGGGCAGCGCCGGUGGCUGUUGAGAAGGAGGGGCCGGCGAAAGGGGAGAAAAAGGUAGCGGCGGCAGUUGCUCCGGCGAGUGUAAUUGUUCCUUCGGAUAAUUCCUUCCGGUUUAACUUUGCUGUUGGUGGGGAAUGAGCGCUUAUCGUGGGGGAAGAGUUGGUUUUUGUACGUUGAUAGCAUUUAAAUAAACGUAAGACAACGAUGA